GAUUGAUCUUGAUCUUUUUACUCCGUGAUGUUACAUAUGUAUGUACAUUCAUACGUACAAUGAAGUAUCUGUCAAAUAUAUUGUUUAUAUUGACUUGGAGUUUCGCGAUUUCACCGACUAUUGCACAUUACUGCGUAUGGGGUUUGUGUGAAUCAUCAGAGUAUUGCUGCGACGAAAAUGUAUGCUGCAGUUACAAAGACUAUGAUAUAUGGAUUACUAUGAUAAUCAUAGCUGGAGUUGUAAUCGGAAUGGUACUGGCUGGUACAUGUCUCUACUACAAUUUAUGUUGUAUCUAUCUUUAUCUACAACGGAGAUACUAUGGCAACAAUUCUGUGUCAAUGCCAUCAGAAUUUGAUUCUGAUGAAAAAUCAAUAAAAAUAUCAUUUCACGAGUAAAUAAAACAAAAAUUAAA